UAAAUCCCACAAGCUUGUGAACGAUACACACCUUGCUAACACUAACCACUUCCUUCUCUACUCUCUAAAUAGAAAUUGAACAACUAGAACUAGUGUUGCUUGCACAAAGAAGAAAGGAGGAAGAGAAAUGCCAAUGGCUCCAUUGAGCAGUCGAUGCACUAAGAAAGAAGCUAACAGAGGAGCAUGGACAGCUGAAGAGGACCAAAAACUAGCUCAAGUCAUCGAAAUCCAUGGUCCAAAGAGGUGGAAGUCAGUGGCAGCUAAAGCAGGUCUAAAUCGAUGUGGGAAGAGUUGCAGGUUGAGAUGGAUGAAUUAUCUGAGACCCAAUAUUAAAAGGGGCAAUAUAUCUGACCAAGAAGAGGAUUUGAUACUUAGGCUGCAUAAACUCCUAGGAAACAGGUGGUCUUUGAUUGCUGGAAGAUUACCUGGUCGAACUGAUAAUGAGAUUAAGAAUUACUGGAAUUCUCAUUUGAGCAAAAAGAUAAAGCUGAAAGAGAAACAAAAUAGAGGAUUCAUGGUGCAGUCUGAGCAUGAAAAAACAAAUGUAAUGGAGAUGGACCAUAUAGUCGAUAGAAGGGAAGAGGGUACCUCGACAAGAAAUGUGGACUCACAGGGUAGCUUCAUUGGGGAUGACCUCUUUAAUAGCUCUAGCGAGGGGCCUCUAACUUUGGAGUGGAUGAGCAAAUUCCUUGAAAUGGACGAAAGUUGGUUCGAAUUGUUGCAUGAUAUGUGACUUUUUUUUUUUCUUGAUUUUGUUGUGGAUUAUGCAUCUUUCUGUGAUUCUAUCACCACCAACUUAGCUUUGAUAAUCCAAGGAAAAUCCCACUUAAGGUUGUUUUUUUUUUUUUUGGUUGGGUAAGGAUGGGAGGGAGAGAAGGGUUUGGGAAAAGUUUAAUGUUAUCUUAUUGGUUAUGGGUGCAUUUGGGAUAGUCCAAAAUUACUUAAAAGGAUUUUCCUUGGAUUAGCAAAACAAUGUUGGUGGUUUUUUUUUUUUUUUUUUUUUUUUUUUUGUGGUGAAAUAUUUGUUCAAUAUUAUUUAUGGGAAAGUUUAUUUGCAGAUUGUAAGAAUAUUUAUGGUGAACAUGAGUCAUGUAACA